UGAAUCCCUAGUCCCUUCUCAGCAUCUCGCCUUCUCCGAUCUCUACUCCAGUCCUCAGAUACUCCGGUCAAGCGGUCAUUCCCUCACGCCCUCCGCCCACGCUCAGUCACUCCUCAGUCCUCACCUCAGCCCUCUGCCCUAACUCCUCUGCUCAAGUACGAACAAAAUGGAGAAUGAGGGGAAGGCAGAGCUUGGAAGUUUGCUUAAAAUUCUACCACCAGUUGAAUUCUGCUGUGUUUAUGGCUCCACUCUUCAUCCAAACAAUAAAGCUCAGAAAUCCAUGGUAGAUUACAUUCUUGGUGUAGCUGAUCCUAUACAAUGGCAUACUGAGAAUUUAAAGACGAACAGUGAUCACUAUGCAUCAUGGCUUAUUCGCAUUGGUGGAGGUAGGCUGAUUAAUGGUAUUGCAAAUAAUAUUGGUGUUGGUAUACACUUCAACCCCUUUGUUUCUUGGAAUAACAAGAUGUUCAAGUAUGGAGUUGUUCAAGUGCAUGACUUGAUUGAGGAUAUUCAAGGAUGGGAGAGGUUCUACAUGAGUGGUCGUUUGCAGAAACCUGUUAAUAUUAUUGUGGAUAAUUUGAAUGUUGAAAAUGAAAAUGCUGUCAAUUUGAGAGCUGCUGCAUCUGCUGCUCUCCUCCUUUUGCCGUCUGAAUUCAGUGAGGAAGAUUUAUAUGCCAAAAUAUGUAGCCUGUCAUACAUGGGUGACUUACGGAUGCUUUUUGCGGAGGACAAAAAUAAGGUAAAAAAUAUUGUACAAGGACAAUUUCACUUGUUCCAAAGAAUUUAUAGACCCUUUCUAGAUGAAUAUGCUGCCAAUGGCUUGCUGAGAUUUUCAUCAACUGGUGACAAGCAAGUAAAUAUAACUCAGGAUUGUGGAUUAUCUGCAGCCACUUUCUUUGCAUCACAUCUUCCUCUGCCUAUUAGAAGCAAAAUGGAUACAAACCGUGGUGAGACGAAACAAUUGGAUUACAGUGGAAAAAUUAGACAGGACAUGAUUAUUGGUUCAAAAGAACAGGCUGCAAAAUCCAUGAGUAAGCUUCUUAGGCGAAAGGUUAUGGUUUCAAGUGCAAGGCAGGCAGUUGCAGGUUUGCUAACUGCUGGUGCUGUUCACGGCGCCAAAUAUCUGGGGAAGAAGAUGAUCAAAGCUUGGAAAUCUUGGACAUAGACCGACCUCAAGCAUACAUGACCUCUUGGGAACUUUCCUGAGCAAGGGAAAAAUUUUCAAUGCACCCUAAGGCGAGAACUGUUUUGGUUUUAAUGCGAAAGAGUUGGAAAGGGAGGACGGAGAAUAACCCCAGGUUAACAAGAAACUUCUGAGCCAUGUGUGCCCAAUCCCCACAACCCAAAACAGUUUGAAGAACAUGAUUAAAUCCCUUAAAGUUGGUAAUUACUUCCACUUGGCGUUUUCUUUUUGCCUCUUACAGACAGACAAUGCCAAGUGUAAUAAAUCCCUUAAAGUUGGUAAUACUACUACAUUACAUAAUAGCAUUUUUAUCAUUCUGUUAUCAAACACUGUAAUUUCAAUUCCUAUUUAUUUGUUGAAUUGUAAUUCCACUAAAUUACAAUUCUUCCCCCCCUAAUUCCUUCCUACCAACCAAACGCCCUAUAAAAGUUGUCUGAAUAAAAAACCAUUUUAUGA